AUGGCAUCACUAGCAGGAGGCGAGGAAGCAAUCAUUGCAGCCACCGGGAUGAGACAAGGCCCCACCAGCGUGCUGGCGAAGCUCCUUUGGCUGCAGCGUCACCGACCACACGCACUAAAGGAAGCUUCCUCACUGCUUCUCGGCGCCCAUGCCUACGUCUGCAGCCACCUGAUUGGUCGGCCGGCCCGAGUUGUGGAUUGCACCACGCUCUCCACCACAGGCCUUGCCACGUGUCCAUCCACCACUGGCAUCACAUAUGCUUCUGACCUGCUUCACUCGCUCGGCCUCUCCCAUUGGCUGCCUCUUCUGCCUGAGAUCCUGCCGCCCACCCAAACAUGUGGCACCUUAUCUGCCGAAGCAGCGGAGCGAAUAGGAGCGCGCCACCUGGCGGGCAUCCCUGUGUUUCACUCGUGUGGAGACCUGGGAGCCUCUGCUGUUGGGUGUGGAGCGGGCUUACCCGGUACAGAGUACAUCUAUCUCGGCACCUCGGGGUGGGUGGCUGGGUCCUUUCCCCUGCACCCGCCCUUCCAACCAGCGACACAGCCACCCACCUACCCACACAACCAGUCGUCUACGCAACUCCCUUCCGGUCAACCGCCUUCAUGGUCUCAGGGCGUGUUCACCCUCGCUCACCCUGACCCCUCACUGGUCUUCAGAACAGCGCCAAUAAUGACUGCAGGGGGCAAUCUGAAAUGGGCUAUUAGCAACCUCCUCAACAGCAGUGGCAGCAGCACCACUGACGUCUCAGAAUCCGCAUUCCACAAUGCUGACGUGGCAGCAGCUUCCGUGCCAGCUGGCAGCGGUGGCCUCCUCUACCUCCCGUUCCUAAACGGCGAGCGGUGUCCAUUCGAGGACCCCAACAUGCGGGCAGCAUUCAUAGGCAUAUCUGCCUCUACCACUCAACCACACAUGAUACGUGCGGUCCAAGAGGGAGUGGCAUACGCGCUGCUCUCAGCCCACACCGCCAUGCACGCACAGGGUGGUGGCAUUGGAAGCACCAGCCAACCCUCUGCUCUCCGCAUUGUCGGUGGUGGCGCUCGCUCGUCAACUUGGGUUCGCAUUAUGGCAUCCGUGUUCAACCGGCAGAUUGACUGCCUCGCUGAUUCUCAGGAAGUUGGGGUGAAAGGUGCGGCCAUUCUUGCUGCCCAAGGUUUGGGGUGGUUCUCUACCCUGACUCCUUUGCAUGGUGAAUGGACACUUACAGAACGGUCAGCAGUUCCUGACCUUGCUGAUUCGAUUGUCUACACCAAAAUGUUUAAUGCUUAUUGCAAGGGUGUCUCUGCCCCUAAUCUCGCUCGCCGACACAUAGUCAACACCAAGUCCUCUGAUUCUCUAGCAGCAGCCACUCUUCGCUCGCCCGGUGCGCACGUUCCAGCUCUCUGCAAUGUGCAGCCGCCAGUGAUUCAGAAAUCUCGAUCCAUGACGUGGCAGGAUUCCGUUCCUGGUCCGGCGGAGAAGACGCUCUCGCCUAAUGCGAAGGCUCCCACGCCGAGUAGCUGGCACCGACCGUCACGGAGCUUCCGCAACAGCAUAGUCGGCGGCGGCAGCGGCGGGGAUCGGUUGGCGCCGUCCAGCGCAAUUCUCGCUGCUGGCCGGUCGGCAACCGCCGCGAUUGCCGCUGCCACGUCAUCCCCGUCAGCCAAUGAGCUAUUCGCGCGAGGAAACAGCGUUAUCGGAGCCAGGAGGAGCGGCGGAGAAAGCGGGGAGAUAAUCCGCCCUCCGUCACCCUCUCCCGGCGAAGCAUCUUCUCCGUCAGGUUUCCGUCUGUCCAGCAUAGUACCAAACCCGUUUCGUAGACGGAACAAAGAGAACUUUGCGUCAGCAGCCGUAUAUGACGUCAAUAUGCUUGAGCCGGAGGGGAGCGAAUCCUCCGCAAGUGGCGGUAACUAUGCGAUGGCUCCUUCCUGCACGCGCGGAAGGUUCAGCCCGCGCCGCAGCAGGCCCAGCCCGAGCCGCGAGCGGCGGAAAAGCAGCGACGGGAAAGGCCUCGGGAUUUUCGGGAGCGACGGGAGAGGAUCCGGGUUGUCGCGUUCCAACAGCAAAGAAGCGCGCGAUCUGCUUGCUGAGCUGGACGCUUGCGCGACGACCGUGACACCUGCCGCAGACGCCGCAGGAGCAGCGUCAUCGUCGGCGGGGAUCGGCGCGCAGUCGCUCGCGCUGGUGCCUGUGCGUGCGCGCGGCGGAAGCGGGGGGAAUUGGGGGGAGCUGAUGGCGGGGAGGAGGGCGGAGGAAGCGGCGGCAGUGGCAGCGGCGGUGGGGGAAGAGGGUGCGGAUGUGGUGAUGGGCAUUCUGUGGAAGUGGGUGAACCUGGGGCGAGGCUGGGGCAUGCGGCUGUUCGUUCUGGAAGGGGGCCUGCUUUCUUACUUCAAACUAGAAGGCCCUGAUCGGGUAACCGUGUUACAGGAGCUCGAGCGUCGUCCGCGAGCUCGACUGAUCGGUGAUGAGAUACGCCAUUUUGUGAAGAAGGAGCGCGAAGAUGGCGUGGUGCCUAACGAAGGAGAGCUUGGCGAUCGCAUGCCACAUGGCAGCGUCCGAUUGGAGGUCUCGACUCUCCGAGCCAGCACAACUGACGGUAGAAAGUUCUACGUUUUCGGGACUAAGACGCUCGGAUUAAGGACGGAAUCUAAAGCCGGGAGGCUACUAUGGAUGGACGCGCUUCAAGCCGCGAAAAUAAAGCACCUGCAAAUGAUGCGCGCUUCGGCACAAGCUCCUUCGAUAAACGAUUCCAGGCUGGUGGCCGCGUCGUCUCUGGCCAUGGAGCCGCUAAGAGCGUACUUAGCGAGUAUAAACGUGGGUGUGGAGGAGAUCGCUAAGUGCGAGGAGAUAGUGAGGCGACAGGUGGUGUUCAGGCUGGAGAAUAAACUGCGGGAGGAGCAGAAGCGGCGGUUGCAGCUUCUGCGGUUAUUGAGGCAGCUUGAAGCGGAUAAGGUUGAGCUGGAAACGGCCAUGUUGGAGGAGACGAGGAACCAGGGUUACGCAGGCAACAGCGUCGUUAUGACUGGCGACGGCGAUGACGCCAGCACGACCUUUGAUGAGGACGAAGAGGAGGAUGAGGACGAAGAAGAGGAGGCAGAAGGGGAGGAGGAGGAAGCUGGGGGUGAUCAGGAGGUUGACAGCAAUGCGGUUACCACAGCGGGCCACGGGUUGUUGAAGCACAGUGGGAGCGACCUCAGUUCGAGGCAAAUUGGUCGCAGCGGCCGCAGGUCCGGGAGGGGUCGGAGCAAGGCUCGGCGCGCUGCCAAGGCUGAAGUGUUGGCUCGGGACAAUGACGAGGACGAGGGAGGGUCGGGCAGCAGCGGCGGGCAGGAUGACGAGUUUUUCGAGGCCAUGGAUGAUUUUGUCAGCUCGGGGAGUGUGCUGACUGUGCUGGAUAUUCAGGAGGUGGGGUUCACGUACCCCAAGAUACCUCGAAGGGAGCGCCUGCCUCCCCCAGCAGAGGAGGAGAAACCGGUCAGCAUCUGGUCGAUUCUCAAGGACCUGGUGGGCAAGGACCUGUUCAAGGUGUCGCUGCCUGUGAGCUUCAACGAGCCCAUCAGCACCAACCAGAAGUACUGCGAGACGUACGAGUACAGCUGGCUGCUCGACCGCGCAGCGGAGUACGGCCGCCGGGGCAACAAGCUAAUGAGGGCAGUGCACGUGGCAGCGUUCGCUGUGUCACGCUACUCGGGCAACGCCGGUCGCAUGCACAAGCCCUUCAACCCGCUGCUGGGGGAGACGUUUGAGGCGGACUGCCCUGACAAGGGCUUCCGAUACGUCUCAGAGGCGGUGCUGCACUAUCCCCCGACGCUCGCGUGGAACUGUGAGGGCACGGGGUGGCGCAGCUGGGGGGACGCGUGCCUCAAGGUGCGCUUCUGGGGGCCGUCCGUGCAGCUCGACCCCGUCGGCGUGCUAUCCGUGGCGUUCGAUGAUGGAGAGGUCUUUGAGUGGAGCAACGUCACAGUGUCCAUUCAGAACCUGAUUCUUGGGAAGCCGUUUGUGGACCAUUACGGCACGAUGCGGAUUCGGGGCAACCGGGGGUUCUCGGCGAGGCUGCGGUUCAAAGAGAGGUCGACCUUUGACCGGAAUCCCCAUCAGGUCCGCGGCAUUGUUCAAAGCGACGACGGGGAGGAGAAGGCAACUCUGGUGGGGAGGUGGGACCAGUUCCUGCACUUCGUGCCGGGGGAGCUCAGCAGCAAGUCACAGAAGGAGGAGAGUGAGGUGCUGGCGACGGCUCAGCUGCUGUGGCAGAAGUGCACCCCCUCGCCCUUCCCCUGCAAGUACAAGUUCACGCCCUUCUGCAUCACCCUCAACGAGAUGACUCCAGGGCUGAAGGAGCACCUCCCUCCUACGGAUUCUCGCCUGAGGGCAGAUCAACGGGCGUUGGAGGAGGGGUACUAUGACCGGGCGAUUCAGGAGAAGUCACGGCUGGAACAGAAGCAGCGCAAGGCCUUGAAAUCAGGCGAGCCGGGGUGGCACCCGCGGUGGUUCCAGCAGCAAGGGGGACCGGGAAGCACGUGGACGUACGUUGGGGGAUACUGGGAGCGGCGAGGGGCGCAUGACUGGUCGGCCCAUUGGAUUGUUUAG